AUAAGGGAAAAAGCAAAAAACAAAUUUAAGAAGGCACAGAAAAGGAACAAUCACUGUACAUAAACAAAGAAAAAGGAAAAUUUGUAUACUAGCAGUGGCUUUUUCUGGGUGUCCCGUGAACUGAAUUUAAUGCCGGUAUGGCGUCCGGAUAGAGAGAAUCCUCAGGAGACUGAAAAAAAGAGAAACCCAACAGUGUUUUCCCUGUCUUGAUCCUUCCUUUUCUUUAUUUUCUGCUCUGAAUUUUUUUAUUAUUACAAAACCUGUCUGAGUUUGUUUUAGACUGUCUUUGAUUUCAUUAUUACAUGUUUCAGGUGCCUGAGAUAGAUCUCGUUUCACUUUCCCAUUUCUCUUUCCUCAAGAUUUCACUGAAGUUUUGGUCUUUCCUUAUGAAAUUUGUCCCCUAAGGAAACCCAGUUUCAUUUUCCUUCUCCUUGUUGUUUUCCAGUGGUUUUGGGCGGGGGGUUGUUCCAAAUUUUUCAUCUUUCUUUCCAGAUCUUUGGUGGGUUUUGGCUCCUGAAGUAUGGCAUGAAGGUUUGAUCAGCUUUUAAUUGCAGCCAUAUGCGCAUGAUCAGGGUGUAGAAUCUAUCAGAAAGUGUUCAAGGAGAGACAUACAUAAGUUUUGCAGCUAUCUGCUUGAAAAAUGUCAUUCCGCAGCAUCAUUCGUGAUGUGAGGGAUAGUUUUGGGAGCUUGUCUAGGCGGAGUUUUGAUGUCAGGUUGAUUGGCCAUCACAGAGGAAAAUCUCAGGGUUCUUUACAGGAUUUGCACGAUGAGCCUGUUUUCAUUCAGAACAGUCACUGGGCCAACCUUCCUCCCGAAUUACUUUGUGAUGUAAUCAGAAGGUUGGAAGAAAGUGAGAGUACUUGGCCUGCGCGGAGGCAUGUUGUUGCAUGUGCUGCUGUUUGCCGAUCUUGGAGAGCUAUCUGCAAAGAAAUUGUUAAGAGCCCUGAGUUCUGUGGAAAGCUUACUUUCCCAGUGUCUCUAAAGCAGCCCGGGCCACGUGAUGGAAGUAUUCAGUGUUUCAUCAAAAGGGAUAAAUCUAAAUUAACUUAUCACCUCUUUCUGUGUCUUUGCCCUGGAUUGCUAGUUGAAAAUGGGAAAUUCCUUCUUUCUGCAAAAAGGACAAGAAGAACUACUUCAACAGAGUAUAUCAUCUCUAUGCAUGCUGACAACAUUUCAAGAUCAAGCAGCACAUACAUUGGUAAGCUGAGAUCAAACUUUCUUGGCACCAAAUUCAUAAUAUAUGACACGCAGCCACCAUACACCUCUUCUGAUAUUCCCCCUCCAGGACAAACAAGCAAGAGAUUUUAUUCUAAAAAAGUCUCCCCAAAAGUCCCUACUGGUAGCUAUAACAUAGCCCAGAUUACUUAUGAACUCAAUGUUCUUGGCACCAGAGGCCCACGAAGGAUGCAUUGCAUCAUGCAUUCUAUCCCAGCCUCAGCACUGGAUGCUGGUGGCACCGUCCCCGGCCAACCUGAGCUUCUUCGCCAUCCUUUGGAGGACUCAUUCCGAAGCAUAUCCUUUUCAAAGUCUCUCGACCAGUCUGUUGAGUUCAGUAGCUCUCGAUUUUCAGAAAUUGGUACAUCUCAUGGUGAGGAUGAAGAUGAUGGAAAAGCUAAGCCCUUGAUCCUAAAAAACAAGCCUCCAAGAUGGCACGAACAAUUACAGUGUUGGUGCCUGAAUUUCCGUGGGCGGGUAACUGUUGCAUCAGUUAAAAACUUUCAGUUGAUUGCAGCCACCCAGCCAGCUGUCAGUGCACCCACUCCAUCACAGCCAGCCCCAGCUGAUUAUGAUAAGAUAAUCCUGCAGUUUGGCAAGGUUGGCAAAGAUAUGUUCACCAUGGAUUACCGAUAUCCUCUAUCUGCAUUUCAGGCAUUUGCAAUCUGUCUGAGUAGCUUUGACACCAAAUUGGCUUGUGAAUAGAAGCAAGAAUGCAUAAGAAGAUGAAUGACAAUCUUCAUUUUUCUCUUCUUUUUCAUUUUCACUUCUCAUUUAGGAUCAUCAUUUGGGUGGCAAAUUGUUAAUUCUACGAUGAUGUCUUUGUUGUUGUUGUAUCUCUGAUACUACCCAAAUAGCAGAGGUAGGACUCACAUCAUCGUUAACUCAAACCUGUCAUUUUCUUCGCAAUUAAUAGAUAUGAGCAUCGUUUGAUAUCGGUUGAUUUACAUGUCUUGCCUUUCUUGGGGGUCAUCAGGGGACGGAUACCACCUCACUUCAGCAAGAAAAUGAAAGAAAGUCGUUGUAAUGGUAGACCGUGUGGUAGCCAUUGCAAGCGUGGUCCGGAGCAUUCAAGAGGAUAACAGAUUGAGAAGUAUUCACAAAAACAUCAUAUAUUGUCAACAUGAAUAUUUCAAUCUGAAAAUUAGUAUAGACGUGUCCAGUCCAAACAUAACACACCUUCACUUUCCCAUGUUACUGGAAUCCACGAGUAAAAAAUUUCUAUACUAGAUCAUUUUUCUCGUCCAUUAUACCUGCUCUAAGUAAUACAUGGAUAUUUUCAGGAAUUUGACAGCCAUCUUAAAUUGGGAGGGAGAUCCUUCAUAACCCAAAACUGUACUCAGGCUUCUCUCUACAAAUGAAAAUUCAUCUGCUCCUAAAAGAUAACCCACUCGGGGUGAAUAUGAAGCCUGAGAUUUCAUUUUUCCUGGUCUUCCAGCUAAAUUGUUCGUUGCAGAGAUGUGGUUUCAACAACGGGCCACAAAAAGAAAUCAUUUUACCACUACACGGAAUUCACCCUUUCAAGAAGCGCAUGAGGUCGUCUUGGCUUCUGCUCCACUGGUAUAAGGUUCUUCAUUAGCUGCAUUGUGAUCAACCAUGAAAGGCAGUCAGAUUUGCAACAGACACAAUGUACUGAAUAUUGAAUGCUUUAAGGAAAACAAAAUUGUGAUUUUUGA